UCAUCCAGCGCCGUCGCGCUGGAAUCCUUCUUCCUCGCGCCGCUCCUAUUUCUUCCUCGCCUUCUUCCCCUUCCCCGUUGUCCGAGGCUUUGUUAUCGCUCGCCGUUCGAAUCUUCUAGAAGCUGUGAAGCCCCCUUCCUUCCCUCCUCCCCCGCAUGCAUUGGGCGGCGUCGGAGAUCGUCCCUGAUGGGCAACAGCGGUCGUUGCCGACGCCCUUCCUGACGAAGACGUACCAGUUGGUCGACGAUCCGACGGUGGACGACGUGAUAUCGUGGAGCAACGACGGCACGACGUUCAUCGUCUGGCGGCCGGCGGACUUCUCCCGCGAUCUCCUCCCCAAAUACUUCAAGCACAAUAACUUCUCCAGCUUCGUCCGCCAACUCAACACCUAUGGAUUCCGCAAGGUCGUACCCGAUCGAUGGGAGUUCGCGAACGAUUGCUUCCGGAGAGGCGAAAAGAGCCUCCUUUGUGACAUCCAGCGGAGGAAGAACGCGAUGCCGGUGACUUCGUCGUCCACCGCCGGCGUCGUGGCCGUCUCGGCGACGAGUCGGACCUUGUCGCCGAUGAAUUCGGGGGAGGAACAGGUUGUGUCGUCGAACUCCUCCGGGCCGGCCCCGCCAGCGGCGGACUUGACGGAGGAGAACAAACGAUUGCGGAAGGAGAACGAACGACUCUCCCGCGAGUUGGCCCAGAUGCGGAAAAUAUGUGACGAGAUCGCGGGGCUGGUAUCGAGUUACGCGUCGAAGGGACAGGACAGCGACAGAGAAACGGCGGAGUUGGAGGAGCUCGCCGCGGCGACACUGCUGGAGUUGAUGCCGAUGGCGCCGGCGUGUGACAAAAAAAGGGUAGAGGAGCGGCAGCCGGAGGAGGAGGUGGAGUCCGCGAGUGCCGAGGCGGCUUCAUCGUCUCCGAGGAAAAACCUGAAGUUGUUCGGGGUGUCGAUAGGGAUAAAGCGAUCUUCAGAGGACGAUGACGACAGCGCUCCACCGAAGGAUGAGUCAACGGAGGAGUUGCCGGAGUCGGUCCUCUACCGCCCUCGGCCGAAGCGGAGGGGAUGCAGCGGGUCGUACUCGUAAGGGUUCGGCCAGUUCGGCGACGUCAGGUACGACGAGGGGGCACGUGAAUUUGGAAGGUGUUGAUCACGUGCUUCGGAUGACACCUAUGAAAUUAGGUGACCAUUAUAUCAUAUUACUAUAAUAAUAAUAAUAUUAUUAUUAUUAUUAUUAUUAUUUUCGUGUUUUGGACAUACAAAAAUGUAUAUUAGACGUUUUCUUGUACAGUAAGUGAAAUGAUUUUUGCAACAUUUU